AGUGUAGACAGUCAAGUUGAGUCAAGACCGUGGUUUGAUCAUUGCGCAUUCGCUUGUCGACGAAUGCGCACACAAUCGCGUGAGUUGUUCGAGCGUUUAUUUUAAUAUUCGCAACCGGUACUGUGUUGCGGUCCACAACAAAACAGUUACGAAAUCUGUCAAUCCUGUGGACCUUCGAUUUACCUCAAUGCCGAUCGAAGACUUCAUUAUUGUGACGAGGUUGAGUUAUAACCCUCUACGUAUAUUAUCGUCUUAUCAAUAUCACUUGUAAAAACAAAUAUUCAAAAUGGGAGGAUUUGAGAUAUAUUAUAUUUCAUUUUCUGUGUUAGUGAUGUCAUCUCUGAGUGUAAUAGGAGGGUCUGAAGAAGUUACUCGUGUCAAGCGCGUUCGAGCUGGCAGUGUACCAGUCGCCCGAGAUCCUGCUCAGGAACUAGAUGCUCCAGAACCAGAAACUGUGCCGGUGUCCGCGCCAACAUCUUUCCUCAGUCCAUCCGUCAAAUCGUACCUAGAACUUGGUAUGGGUAUACCCGGAAAACCUGGUACCGAUUAUCCAAUUUUAGGAGCUGUUCCGUACACCAACUUUUACUGUGAUGAGCAGCAAUAUCCAGGGUUUUUCGCUGAUAUGGAAACUCGCUGUCAAGCGUGGCAUUACUGUGACAUCGAUGGCCGUCAAGCAUCGUUUCUCUGCCCCAACGGUACGGUGUUCUCCCAAGGCGUUGCUUCCUGCGACUGGUGGUUUAACGUUCGAUGUGCGCUCUCCCCAGCACUGUACCCUUUGAAUGCAAGACUGUAUCGUCGUAAAAGGAAACAGAACCGGCCUAAGCCGCACAGGGAACUGUCCAUACAUAAAUCUACACAAACAGUUUUAUCAUCAUCGGUCUCAUCUAUUACGGUAUCAUCCAAUGGCAACAGUCCUAAGGUCAAAAUGGAAGGCGGAAUGGUGCUUGAUAAAGUGCUGCCUCAAGAAAUGGUGACAAUAGGACCAGUGGCUCUCACAUCAUCAAAGAAGUCCAAUUAUGAAAAAAGUCGACAGUUACUUUCGAAUGCAACAACACUUGCUUUGAAUGAAAGAUAUAGACGAUUAAUUCCUUAUAUGACAUUUUACUAUGCAAACGAUUUAAUCGUACCGACUACUGAAAACACAAAGGUGGAAGUAGAAAAGGCAGAAAUAGUGGAAGCUCAAGAAAUAGGACACCCUGUUCAGAGACAGCCAAAGAAUAUUGCUUAUUAUCCGCACAGAAAUAUUCCAAGAUAUCAAGGAAAUAGAUUAACUCAGUACAACAUUGCCUCUGCGAAUCCUACAAAAGUUUUCUACAAAGACGGUGUACAGGUUCAUCGUCCCACUAAAGUCGCUCAGAACCUGAAUCCUUUCUACGAUUAUGUUAAUAAUAACUUUGAUGGCGGAAGAUUUAUACACAAAUACGUUGCGAAGCCAUUCAACACAGCUCCAGUGCCACAAAGGAAACCCUACAUAAAUUUGUAUAAAAAUGAGGAAACUCCUAAUAUACGCUAUUAUCUGUCUGAAAAAGAACCAGAAACAAAGUAUAAGCUAGUGCCUUAUGAACAAACUCCCCCUGUUGUCGUACCACAGAGAAAUGAAAAUGUACAUGAGGUAAAAAAAACUUACUCACCUGCGCCGUUAAAUAAGGAACAAGUAUUUUUGAAACAUCGAAUCGUUCAUCCAGAAUCGAUUUAUAACCAUAACAUCAAUCAUCAGCUCCCGGUAAGAAAACAGCCAGUGUUGAUUGGAAAUCAAUAUCGCAAGCCACAUCCACAACCUGUAUUGCCUAUUGUUGAGAAUGGUUUUAGGCCCAUAGUCAAUAUACCUUAUACCACUGAGACGCCUAUUUAUACGUCAGAUUUAUCACCAACUUUCGAUUCAAUCCAUAUUAAUGAAAAUCCAAUUGAACAAAUUCAAACUACAUCAACCGCUCCUGAUACAGAGCAUAAGCAAAAAAAAUACGUUGUGGAUCAGCAAAUUCAUAGGCUAACGCAAACACCAACAAAUAUGUUGACAUCAUUGGUAAAAUCCCUCCAAUUAAAUAGAUCUAUUCCUAAGCCUAUAACAAAAGAUAAUGUUGAGUCCUCGAUCCGGACAUUGCUACAAGCCUUAAAUACAUUAAAAGCAGCAACCAAAGACAUCAACGUCGAAGGGCCAAUUUUAAGUACUCCGACGCCAUUCGUGACGCCUGCAACUAUUCUUGAAAUAAACAGCUCCCCAGUAGAACAAGAAUACGCAAGACCGCUACCAGUGGCAAAUAAUUAUGAGAACGAAGAUGUUGAAGUUGAAACAUAUCUUGAUCCUGUACAUCCGCCAUCACAACAUUUAGAUGAUUACCCAUUACAUGGGAGUACUAGUCAACAGUUUCCGUUGCCAGUAACAUCUGACGAAGAAGGGGGUACUCCGGGGAGUCCAGGAAUAGAUUACCCUAUACUCACCGCUAUACCACAGACAUCUUUUAACUGCAAGACUCAGCGUUAUAAGGGAUUCUUCGCUGAUACCGAAACUAGAUGCCAGGUAUGGCAUUAUUGUGACCUCAACGGUGGACAGGCUUCUUUUCUGUGCCCAAAUGGCACAAUAUUUUCGCAGGCCGGCCUAACCUGUGACUGGUGGUUCAACGUUCGAUGUGACUCUGCUACUCAGUUAUACGUACUUAAUGAAAGUCUAUAUAAAUUUAUUUUGCCGCAUCGACCCAAGUUUCCAGAAGAUUAUAGCGGGCCGCUUGUUGAUAAAUACUUGACCCUAAAAUUUAAAGAAAUGGAAGAACAAUUUAAGAAGAAUAAAAACAAACAAAACGCAUCAGAGAAGAUCGAUGCAGACGAAGACGAAAAUUCUAAAGCAUCAGAAGAGGAUACAGACGAUUCGAAAAGUGGCGAUGCAAAUGAUAAAUUAUCAACUGUAAAUACAGCUAGUGUUAUCGUGGAGUCACCAGGUACAAGCGGCAAUGUCGAGCGGCUUCACGAAUAAGAAAAACUGUUGAAUAUCAAAUAUGUAUUUUGUAACUGUAUCCACACAUCCUCGAAAUUGAUCGUUCGAUAAGUUCAUAUCCGAAAUUUCCAUCCGUUUAUGUUAUCUCAUACAUUAGCUUGAAGAAUAAAAAAUGUUUCGUGGAUUCAUAAAAAAAUUUCUCUAAUAGUACGUAGAACAAUCUGUGAUAGUCGGGAUUACAUAUUAUAAUCGUUUGUCUGUGUGAUUAAUAUUUUUAUUUUGUAGUGAGUUGUAUGUUGUAAAAACGUUUUAUAUCAUGUGGAUUUUUAAGGGUUCAUAAGCUUGAAACUGCCAUGUUUACGACACCUGUCUUUGGGUUAUGCCGGGAAUUAAACUUGCCAUAGUUAGCCAUGUUUAAUUCAGUUUAUUUAUUUUAAGUAAAUUCUAGUUUAAGUUUUUUAUUAUUGUAAAUUAAAUUUAAAAUUGUAACGAAUUCGUGUUAGUUUGUGUUCUAUAAAGUUUAGGCAUGCUUUAAGAUUGACUAAUACGAAUUAAAAAUUUUAUUGUA